ACAUUGAAGAAAAUUCUUUCCAUUUAUCGUCCGAUUUUGUGCCCUAAAUACAGCUUAAACAAACACCUGAACUAUCCACAUGAAGCACCAAAAGAUAAAUGUGAAUGCACGUGAUUCAAUUAGGUAGAAUGUUUCUGAUAUGAUGGAUUCCUUGCCGGGUAAAAAGGAGGAUCGAAUCAGUCGGCAGUCAUGGUCCCAGAAGCUGGAUCGUUACCUGUAUUCUGUGAUCGCAGAGUUGGUCAUCUUCACAAUGGUCUUAGUCGACUGUUUUGUGGUAGUGGUGGAGCUGAUUCUCGACCUCGGUACAUCGUUGUACAAUGACUCCACACAUCUCCGAGCCAACCUCACAGCCAUGACAACCACACCCAUCAUCCAAGUCAAUGAUCCGGCCAACACUGCCAGACCGUCGGACGCUGCACACGUGGUCAACAUCCUUAUCCUUUGUCUCUUUGUCUGUGAGAUCGUUGUCAAAGUUGUUGUAAGACGAUGGGAGUUCUUCAGACAUCGAUUUGAGGUGUUUGAUCUCUGUGUGGUGGCGUUCACCCUUCUACUUGCCAUUGUUCUGUUUGCCACGCCAGUCCAUCCAGUCACGAGAGAUGCCUUUGGCUUCAUCAUCAUUCUACGGAUAUGGAGAGUGACAAACAUUAUAUUUGGUGCUUCAGUAACAGACAAACAGUCCAUGGAUCAGGCAAUCUAUGAGUAUAGGAGGGGGCGAAUGUGCGCGGAGGAACGGGCAAAUAUCUUACAACAGAAGUCGGAACACCAGCAGGUCGAGAUACAAAGAUUGAAGGAACAGUUGAAGAUUCUACAACCCCGUACACCAGAUAUCGUGCUGGAGAGAGAUAAAAGUUGCAUUCCAUCUAACAGUUAUAACUCUGCCAAUAUCCAACGUGCUAUACCGUCCUCCUCACAUUUACAUAAGAGAAAUCCAACCAAUGAGAUUAACAAUCGCACACCUAAUGGAUCACUGCACAGUUUAACUGACACCGAGAAGUCCAUGAACGGCUCCGUGCCGAGUUUAGAGCAGAUUUCGAAUACGUCACGGAGUGUGAGUCGCCAUCCUAGUGUCGAUGAUGUUAGAGACGUGAAUGAUCUCCGCAUUGUGAUAGAAAGUGAUAACAAAAGACUAAUCAAUGGCCACAAUAAUCAAGAUUUUGCAUUUGUCAACCAUUCCUAUGAGAACGAACCCGAAGAUGUUGUUGGUGAUAGGGAAACUGGCACACCGAGGAGUGUGGGCACACCAAGAAGCAUCAGAGGAUCUGACGUUGGCAAUCUUGGUAUAGAGGACGAGCGUGGAUUCAACGCCUCACUUAGUCCAGAGGAGCUGGAGAUGGUCAGAAGAUUAGCCACCAUGCCGAGUAUGAAAGGGGAGGGUGUGCCAAUUACAUCUCUCUGAAAGAAUCUGACGAUGCUGUUGGCCAUGGUCCUACCACAUGCAGAGGAUUUCAUGGGCUUUCAUCAUGUAGAUAAAGCAUUAUCAGGAUUUUGCAUGAAGUUUGCUGCAUACCGUAUCUAGUAUUUCUCAUUUGCAGAGGUCAAGACUACUGCACCAGGAAUAUUUUCAACUUGAAUUUAAUCAAAACUAUAGACGUUCUCGACAACAUUCCCACUGAAAGUCCUUGCCAUUUGCGUUUCAUUUGAAUCUCAAUAAGGAUCGGUUGUAUUUGAUGGGACAUGCAGAAUGAAGUCAUUUAGAAUCUUUACUCCUUGUAGCAUUUAAAUUGAACAAAAGACCACGAUAAUCUCUUGUUCAAAUAGCCAUUUGUUUUUUUGUUAGAACUCCUUCUGUUAUGUGUAGUUUAGUUUGACUUUGGAUAUUCCCAAAGUUAUUUCUGUUUUGAUUUAAAAGAUAUUGCAGAAUAUUUUGGAAAAAAAGACGCAACUUUGUUGAAAAGUUAUCAACCCCCCUCAUUUAAAAUCUGAUAGGAAGUCUAUCAACUUAUGAUAUUAACAUGGUACAUUCCACAUAUAUAUGUGCCUGCUUAAGUGGUGAUAUAAAAAAAGAGCCUCCAGUAUAAUCUUUGUAAAACCUUGUUUCAAGAAGUUGACCUGCCUGCAGUUGAGCUAAUAAUUUGUGGUAGAUAGACUUGAAACAAGGUAGCACAAUAUAGUAUUCUGGUACAGCAUCUAUUUAUAGACAUUCUCUUGAGGAAGAGUUUUAUUGUUGAGUUGCAUUUUUGUCCACCAUCCGUUUUAGGAAAAUGUAUAUUUUUUUGAUGUGUACAUUCCAUUCAAGAUCUCUCCUUAUUCCAAUUUGUGUUUAGCAAAUAUAUAUUGAAGUUUUCUCUGCAUAUUCCAGUAUGAUGUGUUAGAAAAAAUAUAUUCCAGUUUUAACAUAUGUGAUAUCAACAGGCCUAUUUUAUUUAUCUUUGGUCAAUACAUCGACAUAUUUUCAUGUAUAAUAGUUAAGAUUUGCAGUCGAGCACACUCGUUGUUUCUUUACAAUGUCCAGGAAAGAAAAACAAUUCAGAGGUUUCUUUGAUGCAGUAGACCGGAUAUACUCUGUUGGCCUUUCAGUCUGCUGUGACGUAGACCGGGUACACUCGUUUGAACAAUGUCCUUUCUACACUUGCAGUCUCUGGUUGACAAAUUCGAAUGAAUCGGCAACUUUUGUUCCUCGUGAGCCCUGUACACCUGUCUGUUUCAUAGGAAAUACUUCUUUUACCUUCCACAUUCCAAAUAUCUUGGUAUCACUCUAUUCUAUUUUUUAUCACAAUGCAAAUGAAGUGUGCAUUUCAAACUAUCAAUUUCUGUAAACUUUUGUUGGGGGAUGUAAUUCAACCCUGCAAUGCCUCAUUUGCCAGGGAGAAAUGUCCUCACGGUCUUUCAGUUCUCAUCCAAACAUACAUUAAAAGAACAAAGUAUUGCUUAAUCAUUAAAGGUAAAUACAUGUAUGUCUGUGUCUGCAGGAUAGAAUAUUAUAGGCAAGUGUCACUUAGCUUUAAUUCGAGAUGUUUUGCAUGUGCUUGAUAUUUAUGUGUAUAAAUCUGUUUAUCUCUCUCUAUGGAAUACCAAGGCUAACCAGUCAGAAUGACACCCUGCAAAACCUCCUGGGGUGUGAGAGUUAACACUGGUUCUGUCCAACUCCAGUCUGCCAUCAAAUAUUAUUGGGAUAUUAAACCCUAUAAGUUGCAAGUACAGAAGGACCUCUCUAUUAAGGACACCCUUUGGACGGACAAGUACUGUCCUUGAUAGAGGAGUGUCCUGAUUGGAGAGGUCAAGUUCGAUGGGAAUAACCAAUUUGGGACCAAAACUAGUGUCCUUGAUAGAGAGGUGUCCGGGAGGUUCCACUGUAAGUGCAAAAGGCAAAAAAGGUGUCUAAACUCUAGAAUAACCUCUUUGUUCUAUCUUUAACAGGAAAUAUGAGUUUUAGAUUAUGAGUAGAACUUCAGAAGUAAUGGUUAAAACAAAAAAACUGGGGACUAUUUGACCAGGGACAUUUCGGUGAGGGGGUGUUUUGACUGGUUCUGGGGGAUCAGCCCUGGGGAAUCAAAUAAAGCAAUGUCUUUAUUGAUUUCAUAGGUGGGUACCUGUAUAUGAAAUUUGUGUAGCAUGAUGAUUAUGUGUUUUUUCACUUGCGGCUGAGGUUAAGAGGUGUCACGAUCGUAGAUGACCUUGUUGGGAUAAACAGCAUUUUGGUCACAGUUGCAUUAAAGGGAGGCUAUAGGCAAGAGCCUGCAGAGGCUAAGUAAUGUAGCUAAGUGACAAAUAGGUGUCUCUACAGUCUUGCAACACAUCAGCAUUACUCAUGCCCGUAUGAAGAUUUCAGUGCCACGCAAACAAGCGAUUUCAAUGGCUAUGACCUGCAAUUAGGAUCGCAUGCGACCACAAUCGCUUGGUCAUCGCAGGUGCCUGCGAUAAAAAUCGGUUAUUGCAGCGAUUAAUAUCAAACACAGCGAUUACCGGUUUACCCGCAGACCAGAGAUCUUUUUGUCAUACAUAGCACUAGCACUGAUCAUAUACUCAGGUUGCAGAAUUUAAAUCAUUGGUUUGCGGGAUGCUUAAGUUAAAAAAAGACCUCGUUUCAGUACCGCACAUAUUGGUCACAUGGAGACAAUAGCAAGUUGGGCCUCCUAGCUCCUACCUAUAGUCCUGCUUUAGUACAAGAUGAUGUGAGCCUGAGGGUAUUGUGGGGCUUCAGCUGCAGGUAGUGUUUUAGAAAAGACUUGAAUGUUUUAGAGUAUUGAAAUCAGUAUGUAAGGUAGCAUGGGGUAAUUGUAGCCUGGGUUUAUUUGUAGCCCCUGCAUUGAUGCAUGGGGAUAUCAAUCAAUAUCAUAGGCAGGGGCUACAAUUAAACUGGGGCUACAAAUACCCCAUUCUACCUUAUGACAUAGGUGCUAUAUCUAAUCAAGGGGGUCACAACAGCAUGGUAUCACUUGUAUCCAAGAUGCUAUUUUCUAUUUGAACACAAUUACAAUGACUUCAUAAAAUGAACGCACGUUGUUGCUGUCACAGUCUAACGUGGUGAUGUUGAAAUCUUUUUGUUACUCUUCCUAUGGGUUUACACUACAAUGGGUGAUUCAGGGAAUUAGUUGUACAGGACGGGCAAAUCCAGGUGCCGUAAAAAGACUGGGCAUACACUGCAUUUCUCGUAAAAUUCCUGGUGCGUUUUAAAAUUUCAUGGUCAAUUUCAAAGAUUUUUCGUGAAUAGGGUGGGGGGAGGGCGUGCAUUUGGUGUGUCUUGGAUCCGCGCCUGCAGUAGUAGCAGAAGCUAUCACUGGGUGAGCAAUGAGUGGUCUUGUGGCGAGGGUGGUUGUGGAAUGCUUUUAGAAUUCCUUGAUUUUGUGGCACACUCUCAAAAUCUAUGAAUCUUGCUAAAUCAGUGUUUUACCUACUCUGUGGCCCCCUGUAAGGUAAGGUUGUACAAUAAGAGUCCUGCUGGUACAAUUAUAGCCUCGGUAUGCAUUAAAUGUGUAAUACUACUAGGGACUUUAAUUGUACCACUUUACCUUAUGUAUCACUGCUUGGUUUUGUUGCACGUUUUAUCUGUCUAGCAUUUUAGCUGUGUAUUUUUCAGCACUGUAUUUAACUUAUUCCGUAGUCCAUGGUUUUACACGACUCUGCACCGCGUUUAUGAAACUCCAGUUGUAUAUUGAUGUGUACAUAAAUAUGUAUAGCCAAUUGUGGAUGAUUACCCUAGGCCGGUUUGACAUUGAUGCCACGUUCCAUGGGUUCAACCUCAUGGUCAUCCCGUCACGUUGGAACAAAGGAAAUUUCGAGAUGAUGCAUGGACGCCUUUGUGGACUACAAUUUGGAAACACAGCGGAACCUUCUUUAGCGGACACCUCUCUAUUAAGGACACUUGUUAGGUCCCAAAUUGGUUGUCUUCACUCAUUCUGACCUCUGUAAUCAGAGCACCUCCCUAUUAAGGACAACAUUUGUCAGGUUCUACUGUAUCUUAUUCAUUCUUCUGUUCACGUGUGGAACAAAAGGAAAUUUUAAGAUGAUACAUGGAAGCCUGUAGACUACAAUUUGGAAAUAUCUUCUUCAUUUAUCUGUUCAAGUGUGACAUGUCAUUGUGACUCAUGAAAUGUGACAUCUAUGUAAAGCCGGCCCCUUGUACAGUUUGUUGUAUAUAACUGGUUUUAAUUUAAGACAAGACUUUAGUUGUCUUUUGAACUUAAGAAAACCAAGACGUUUCUGUCAGUGAGAAAUCUUGACAUCAUGCGCCAAAUCAAGAAAUAUGUAAAGUAGAUUUUCUACUAUGGCGUACACAUCAGUUGAUUUAACCAAUCUGAUCUUCCUGCUCAUGUCGAUAUUAAUCAAUUUAGUCAUGGGCUCUAAAUUACAGUUUGCCAAAUCUUGAAUUGUACUGUACAAGAUGUUAUGUUUGAAUUACAGAUAGUAAUCAAAUUGAUACCAGUCAUGAUUUGCCAGAAUAUUUUGUCAGAAGAACAGGGUCAAAGAUAUUCCCUUUAGUUCAUUUAGUCCCGGAUUUUACCACAAAAGAAUUCCAUCAGUCUUUGUGGCCCGUAACCGGUAAAUUGAUUCAAUCACCGUCAUUAUAACUCUUGAGGUAUGAAAGAUUCUGCAUAAAAAUCGUGUUCUCUUCAAUUCCUAAGAGCGGGGCAUAAAAUUGAAAUAUUUUUUCUUGUUUUGUUAAUCAGAGAAAUUGUUUUGUGUCUUCAACAAAGCUACUCCAUUGUACAGUUUAUAGUGAAGUGUAUGAUAUUAUCAUUCUUUGUCAUAUUUUGAUAUCUUGGUGAAGAUAGUACUAAUCAGUAGAGAAAUCAGUUAGAAUUGACUUGCGAGUAAAAGGUACUUGCGAGUAAAAGGUAUUUGCGAGUAAAACGUUCAGUUAUUUAAAUUUUUGCAUCCGUCCGUGAGGUGUACUUAGUCAAGGUUCCAAGGUCCUGAAACCUGACUUCAAAACUUAACAGUGGAGCCUUGAACUUUAAUAACAUGGUGGUCCCUGUAAACUGUUAUCAUUUAGAUGACAGACAAAAACCUUGGUGGUCAAGAUGAUGUCAAAGAGGUUAUGGUCAUGAGUCGGACAUAACCAAGUCAUCAGAUAUAGUAAAUGAGACUCUCCUUAUUUAGGGAACAACCAAAAAGCCUCAAUUAGUUUUUAUGACUGGAAAUUGAGAAAAGUGAAAUAUUGAGUUAACAGGCUGAAGCUUUCAAUAUGUAUCGUUACUUUUGUACCAUAAAUUAUUUGAAGUCACUUUAUUAUGGUAUAUGCUGAAAUAAAAGAUAUUUGUUUUGA